GCGGUGCUCGAUACGCAUGCGCCGACUGGUCGGAUCCGCCUAGCGGAAGACUCCCCAGGCCGGGCAGGCGGAGGAACCCGGAAGCACGUGGGGAUGCUCCGAUCCUUUGCCAGCCUGCCGCUUUGGCAGGUCCCGCCCCGUAGGGUGCUCCGCAUCUGCCUCUGGGGGGGACCCUGGCCUAUCUCUGAACAAGCCAGGAGCUAUCUGGCUCCCCACUCAUGUUGCAGCUCAGGGUGGCAGGCCAAGGGAAUCAGCCAUGCCAAUGUUUCUGCCCGUGCUUGCCGAACAGCCCAGGAUAUCCGACCUGGAGGAAGAAGGGCCUUGGGCCGUAUCAGGCCGGGGUGGGGCAGAGCUAGUUUGAGGCCUUUCUCCCAAGGGCCCCUGCAGAGCCCUGCCUCCGGCCCACAUAUCCAGCUGCGGAGUCGGUUGCUGAUCACCUUCCUCUUUGGGGGCGGGAUCCUGGCAGCGUGGCUGUACGUGCGGAGGGAGAAGGUGCAGAAGGAGAAACUGAGGCGCAUCGAGGAGCUGAAGAAGGUGGCCGUCGGGCAAGGGGAUUUCCGGCUGGUGGACCACACGGGGCGGCCCCGCUGCAAGGCCGACUUCCGGGGCAGCUGGGUCCUCCUCUACUUCGGCUUCACGCACUGCCCCGAUAUCUGCCCGGAGGAGCUGGAGAAGGUGAGUCAGGUGGUGGAGCUGCUGGACCGAGAGGCGGGGCUCCCCCGGGUUCAGCCCGUCUUCAUCACCGUGGACCCCGAGCGGGACGACGUGGAGGCCGUGGCCAAGUACGUGCGGGAGUUCCACCCGCGCCUCCUGGGGCUGACGGGCACCCCCGAGCAGGUGCGUGAGGCCGGACGGGCCUACCGGGUCUACUACAGCGCCGGGCCCAAGGACGAAGACGACGACUACAUUGUGGACCACACGGUGAUCGUGUACCUGCUGGCCCCGGAUGGGCUCUUUGUGGAUUAUUACAACCGCAGCAAGACCGAAGCCCAGAUUGCGCAAAGCGUCAAGGGCCACAUGGACACCUACAGGAGCCUCCUGAGCUGAGCCCAGCUGGUACAGCCCCGAGCCGGAACGGGCAGCCCCGAGCCCAUGCGGAGAAGUACUGGCUUGUCUGCUGAGCUGGGCUGUGUGUGGUUUCCCAGUUGAUGCAGCGUCCAGCUGGAACAGGCAUCCCAGAGCCCACACGGAGGGUCUCCGCCUUGCCUCCAUUCCUGGCCUCAGUGCUUGUUCUUACGCUGGCUGGGCUUUUUAGCAGCAAACGAGUCAACUGGGACUCGAGAAGGUGCUGAAUCCAGGAAGCAUUUAGGAAGGCUGGCUUGCAAACAAACCUUUGCAGAUAUACUGCUGCACAGACAUUAUUUUCUCCGUAGCCGUGAUUAAAUCGGUUGUUCAGAAUGAA